UAUAUUCCACUCAGAAAUGCUCUGCCCAGACUGCAGUUGAAGAUAGACAGGAACUAUCAGCCCAGAUCCAGAGAACCAUUAACAGCCACAACAUUCAAACAAUUUGCUCAAUAGACAAGCUGAGGCUGUAAAGAGUGGUCGAGUACUAUCCUUCCCAGUUCAUCUGGCUGCCCACUCUGAGGUGCUGACUCUCUUGAAGUGGUCUAUUUGGAAGCGGUUCUGCCUUCCUGCCUCAAACACUCAACAGCCAUGGACCGAUCCACACAAGAACUCUUCCUUAAUUUCAUGGUAGUAGUCAUUACUGUGCUGCUCAUGUGGAUGCUUGUUAAAUCAUAUCAGGAUUGAGAAACCCUGCCCUCUAAUGACUAGUCUGUGAAAUAAGUUGUGCCAGUCUGUGAUGGCUCGCUGUAUUUGUAAGGGGCUGUUCAAUGGGUAGUAUGCAGAUGGUAUAACUGUGCAGCCAUUUGCUUCUGUUUUGGUGUUGUUACAUUACGUCUUUUGUCAAAUGUCCGACUAUUUUUACCAUCCUACUGUUCUCAAAAGACACCACAGAGAGUAAUGUGUUAUGUGUUUGCUGGUUUGUGACAUUAGCACGAUGUGCGAAAUUCCCUAAAUCUCCCAUGACUGUUAAGGGGAGGGAGCAUGGCCAGCAGCUGAGGACACCAUGGCCUCUUUACAUGUGGGUACAAGAAAACAUGACAACGCUGCAGCUCAUCAAAGACCACUUGACAGCAGAAUAUUCUGAAGCACCAUUUACUGGUCAGAAAAUAGGACAAAACAGUACUGUAUGGUGGUACAUAUGUGGAUUUGCUCUAGAUUUCUCCAAUGCUUUCCCCACCAGCGUCUUUAGCUCCACCUUCCAUAGCUUCAACUCAUUCAAAACUCUUCAACCCAUAUUUUCUCUCUCCCCUUGUCCAUAACCCUUCUUAAAAAUGGACCUCUGACUGUCCUUUUGAUGAAUACCCCUCAAAUUGUUUUCCCUGCUCAGUCUUUGCAACCGUCCUACCUGAAAGCCGCUAUCUAAAGUGCAAGCUGUCAUUGUUGUUGUAUAAAAUGGCAGCUUAAUUUGAAAGAGGAUUUUGAAUAAACUGGUCAUGGUAGUUAUUGAUAAUGUCUGUAUACUGAAACAUACAACGUGUACUAGUUAUUCUUUCUAUUCCUUUGUUGAAAUGCAUAUCUUGUUAUCAUUAUAUAUACCCUGUAAUAUUGCUUGAAGCACAAAGCCAUCUGAAGCCAAUACCAUCUGAUCAAAUAAUGGAAAUGUCAGUCUCCAAACUGUUGAUUUCUAUGGAGAAUUGAAAUGAAUUUUAGCAAGCUAAUGCAUCUUUCCUUCAUGUCUGAUCUUGCUGUAAUUAAAUAAAUAGUUAAACAAUCUAA